GUAGGGGCGGAGACUUGGUAGAGCAACACUUAGGCUGCCCCAACCUGAGCUCCGUGCCUGUGCUCGUCUGGAACAGACCGCGGCAUCCAAGCCUAGCCUGGAAGAAAGCGCUCAAGGCACGAAAACCAGCACCAUGGCCAUGACUUUGGGUUACUGGGACAUCCGCGGGCUAGGUCACGCCAUCCGCUUGCUCCUGGAAUACACAGACUCCAGCUACGGGGAGAAAAAGUACACGAUGGGGGACGCUCCGGACUUUGACAAAAGCCAGUGGCUGAGCGAGAAGUUCAAGCUGGGCCUGGACUUCCCCAAUCUGCCCUACCUGAUCGACGGGGCUCACAAGCUCACCCAGAGCAACGCCAUCCUUCGCUACAUUGCUCGCAAGCACAACCUGUGUGGGGAGACGGAGGAGGAGAAGAUUCGCGUGGACAUGUUGGAGAACGAGAUUAUGGAUGUCCGAAUGUACAACAUCCGGAUCUGCUAUAGUCCUGACUAUGAGAAACUGAAGCCUGAGUUUUUGAACGCGCUACCUGAAAAGAUGAAGCUGUUCUCCCAGUUCCUAGGGAAGAGGUCUUGGUUUGCAGGGGACAAGCUCACCUAUGUGGACUUCCUGGCUUAUGACAUCCUAGAUGUACUGCGUAUGUUCGAGCCCAAGUGCCUGGAUGCGUUCCCGAACCUGAAGGACUUCUUGGUCCGCUUUGAGGGCCUGAAGAAGAUCUCUGCGUACAUGAAGUCCAGCCGCUUCCUCCCGACACCUGUGUACUCGAAGGCUGCCAGGUGGGGCAACAAGUAGGGGCUGCGUGUGCAGGCGACCGGAGCGUGGAGCACAGAGGGUCUCGCAAAUGGCAGCUUUUCUCUGGUCCCACGGAACCUGCUGCCUCCUUGUCGUCUCCCGUUCUCCCUUCACCCACACUCAGGUGCUAUUCGGCACCUUCCCUUCCCAGUCCCUGUCUACCCGUAACAUUCCAGCUCUCUAACACCCGUUGCUCAGUACAAUCUGUCCCUAAGUUUCUCGUUACUGCACUAAAUUAAAGCCAGAUGGACAGACCUUC